AUGUAUAUAUGUUAUACAAAUUUGAAAGAUUCACCAUUAUCAGUUGAAGUGGGACGCUUUAUUAAUCAACUCCUUGAAACCUCUCCAGAAGUUCUGAGAGAAUAUCUGAUUCAUCUACAAGAGCACAUGGUAACUGUUAUUACCCCCAGCACUCCAGGGGCUCGAAACAUUCAUGUCAUAAUAGAGUUCCUAUUAAUUAUUUUUACCGAUGUGCCCAAUGACUUUAUUCAUCAUGACAAAUUAUUUGAUCUUUUAGCACGUGUUGGAGCACUUAUCAGGGAGGUAUCAACUCUUGUUCACGACUUAGAAGAAAAAUCAAGGAAUGAAGAGAGUACCUAUGAAACAAGUUGUGCAACUCUAGACUUGCUGGUAGAAAAAAUUGAAUUCCUCAAGGAAGAUCUUGAACAUGUUUAUCUGAAAGCCCCGGAGCCAUGUCAAUGGUGCUUCCCCAUGAAUGAUGGACACCUCUUCAUGCAUCUUCUACUCAUCCACUUACAAAAUUUGCUAGAUUCUAAUGCUUAUUCAAUUGCAUUGAUAAAGGAAGAAAUUGGGCUGCUGAAAGAAGCCCUCGAAUUCAUAGGAUCGUUCUUAGUGAAUGUUGAGCAAGGAUUGUAUAAAGAUCUCUGGGCACGUGUUUUAGAUGUGGCAUAUGAGGCUAAAGAUGUCAUUGAUUCAAUUAUCGUAAGAGAUAAAGGUCUCUUACAUCUUAUUUUCUCACUUCCCAUCACCAUCAAAGAGAUCAGGCUUAUCAAAGAAGAUGUCUCCCAAUUACCGGAGAAGAUUCCCAAGAACAGGAGCCUCACUAUAGUAAACUCUCCAAAGCAGCCAGUUGAAAGCAAGUCAUUGAUAACUAGUAAAAUAAUUGUAGGUUUUGAGGAGGAAACAAACUGGUUAAUUAAUCAGCUCACCAGUGGGCCGAAAGAUCUUGAUGUCAUUUCAAUCACUGGUAUGCCGGGUUCGGGUAAAACUACUUUGGCGUACAAAGUAUACAAUGACAAAUCAGUUUGUAGUCAUUUCGACCUUCGAGCAUGGUGCACAGUAGACCAAGAUUAUGAUGAGAAGAAUUUGUUGGUGAAACUCUUUAAUCAAGUUACUGGCUCGUAUUUGAAGUUCAGUGAGGAUAUUGAUGUUGCUGAUGAGCUACGGAGAAAAUUGCAUGGAAGUAGGUACCUCAUUGUGUUAGAUGACGUGUGGGAUAUUGACACAUGGGAUGAUUUAACAAGACCUUUCCCAAAUGUUAAGAAAGGAAGUAGAAUUAUUUUAACGACUCGGCAAAUGGAAGUGGCUUUUCAUGGAAGGGGCACCACUGAUCCUCUCAACCUUCGAUUGCUAAGACCAGAAGAAAGUUGGGAGAUAUUAGAGAAAAGAGCAUUUGGAAAAGAGAGUUGCCCUGAUGAACUAUUGGAUGUCGGAAAAGAAAUAUUUCAAAAUUGUAAGGGACUUCCUUUGGUUGUUGAUCUGAUUGCUGGAGUCAUUGCAGGUUUGGAAAAGUCAAAGGCUAUGUGGUUUGAAGUUCGAAAUAAUUUGAAUUCCUUUAUUUUCGGCAGUGAAGUUGAUGUGAUGAAGGUUAUAGAAUUAAGUUGUAACCAUUUACCUCAUCACAUGAAGCCAUGUUUUCUCUACCUUGCAAAAUAUCCGAAGGACACAAAAAUCAGCAGAGAUUUGUUGAAAGUUUAUUGGCGUGCUGAAGGGCUUGUUGAACAGACAGAGAUGAAGAGUUUGGAAGAAGUGAUGGAAAAUUAUUUGGAUAAUUUAAUUUCCAGUAGCUUGGUAAUUGCUUUUAAUGAGAUAGGUGAUUCCCCGAGUUGCCAACUUCAUGAUCUUGUGCACGGCUUUUGUUUGAUAAAAGCAAGACGGGAAAAGUUAUUUGUCUGGAUAAAUUCAAGUGUUUCAUCUUCUUCUUCAGAUUUGAUGCCAUGUAUAGUAAACAUUGAUUAUCAUAAGGAGCACUUUGAGCUUAACAAUUUCGUCCUGUUUAGUUCAAAAAUGGAAAGGCAUUCUGAUAAACACCUAUAUUCUUUGUGGAUAACUGGAGACAAGAUGGAAGAUCGUCUUUUUGAUGCAUGUCACCUAAGAGACUUGAGGCUUCUAAGAGUGUUGGUCUUGGAUCCCUCUUUUAUGAUGGUGAAAGAUUCUUUGCCGAAUGAAAUAGGCAUGUUGAAUCAUUUGAGAUUCUUAAGCAUUGGUACAAAAGUUAAAUCUAUGCCUUCAUCUUUCUCAAACCUCUGGAAUCUCGAAACUCUGUUGGUUAAUAACGAAAGAUCAACCUUACUACUAUUACCGAGUUUUUGGGAUCUUGUAAAGUUGUGAGUGCUGUCCGUUGAUGAUUGUUCUUUCUUUGACUUGGAUACAGAUGAAUCAAUACUGAUAGCAGAGGACUCAAAGUUAGAGAACUUGUCAAUAUUAGAGAAACUCUGGCUUUCAAAAGAUACAGAGGAUAUUAUCAAAAGGUUCCCCAAUCUUCAAACGCUUAGAUUUGUUCUCAAGGAAUCAUGCGAUUAUUCAACAGAGCGAUAUUGGUUCCCGAAACUGGAUUUCCUAACUGAACUAGAUUUCCUCUGUGUAAAUUUUGAAAGUUCAAAUGAUAGUGGGCCCUCUUUACUGACAAAUUGGUCAUGGGAUUUUCAUUUUCAUUUCAACUUGAAAACACUGUGGUUGUGCGACUUUCCCCUGACAUCUGAUUCACUAUCAACAAUAGCAGGACUGCACAACCUUAAAGUGUUUGGCCUUAUGAGAACAGUCAUACAGGAGGAAGAAUGGAACAUGGGGGAGAAAGACACCUUUGUGAAUCUCAAAUAUUCGGAGUUGGAAGAAGUAACUCUAGCUAAGUGGGAGUUUGGAGAGGAAUCCUUUCCCGUGUUAGAGAAAUUAGUACUGUCGAGAUGUUGUGAGCUUGAGGAGAUACCGCCUAGUUUUGGCGAUAUUUAUUCAUUGAAAAUUAUCCAACUUAUACAGUGCCCUCAACUUAAAGAUUCUGCUCUAGAGAUUAAACAAUAUGUUGAAGAGAUGGCGGGGGAAGACAGGAUUCAGAUCCUUGGCCAGGAUAAUAUCCCAUUAUCUAAGACAGAUCCUGAGAACUUGAAAGGAAGGGUCAUCCACCGUUCAAAUGCUAGAGAAGACCAGGCCAGCAGUGUGAGAAAUGUCAGCAGAUGAGACAUCAUUAGAAGGUUUGCAAGAACAAUAUGUUCAAAUAGGUGCUAGCUGUACAACAUUUGGCCUCCUGUGCAACAUUGGUUGAAUUUUGUUACUGGGGCCUACUUUGCUGGCGUACAGGCUGAUCCUGACCGAGUUCAGAUAAAUGUGCAGUAUCCUUUUCAAGACUGCUAUCAACUCGAAGGCUUGAGCAGAUUUUGGGACACAGUGCCAGCAUUUUUUUUCACUUAUAUGUCAUGUCCACCAUAGCCUCACAUAUUUGGUUUUCACCCGUGCUACCAUUCGAAUCCCUCAUCUUGGUAAGAUGAUCAGGCAGUCUUACAAAUUGCAGCAGCUGUGGGUGCGUGGUUAUGUUGACGAAAUCGGUCUUGAGGAUAUUGACACCUAUUGUAAGGACCUUGAAACCUUAGGGCAUUUCCUUAUGCGCAAGAACCGAAUGUAUCCUUGACAGAGUGAGGCCUUGUAGCUAUCUCCGCGGGCUUCCCUAAGCUCCACUCAAUUCUAUACUUCUGCCGCAAAAUGACAUUGAAGCACAAAUUUCUGCUGAAUGCCUCUCAAUAUUGAGAGUCUUACCAUUAAAUAGAAAAUACUCAAUGAUUACAUCCCUAAAGAUCCGUCUUCCUAUCCCUAAAGAUUAGCUUUUCUAUCCCACCAAAUCUGCUCUACUAAAGCCACUAUUAUUCUCUUUAAUUACUAAAUCAAAUCUACGUAAUUACACUAAUAUACAACAAUAUAUGGUUACAUUUAAUAUAUACGAUAUUUACAUCAUGCUAACACCUCCCUCAAAUUGAUGCUGGUAGAUCAAGAAGCAUCAAUUUGCCGACUAGAAACUGAUGUCGUUGUCGUGCCAUUGAUUUUAUAAAUACAUCAGCUAUUUGAAGAUCACUGGAUACGUGCGGAAGAGUAAUGACACUUUUAUCUAUAGCUUCUCGUAUAUAAUGACAGUCAUCUUCGAUGUGUUUGGUCCGCUCAUGAUAAACCAAAUUAGUAGCAAUCUGAAUAGCACUUGUAUUGUCAGCAUGGAGAGGAGUAGGAUUAGAUUGAGGAAAUUCAAUCUCAACAAGUAAUCCACGAAGCCACACAAUCUCGGAGCAAACAGUAGACAUUGCUCGAUAUUCAGCCUCUGUUAAAGAUUUUGACACGCGGUCUUUCUUCUUACUCUUCCAAGAUAUCAAAGACUCUCCAAGAAACAUGCACAUGCACCAACCUGUAACCGAACGACGAGUGUCAGAACAUCCUGCCCAAUCAGAAUCACUAAAAGCAUUAAGACGAAUAGGCGAACCACUUGGAAAGAAUAAUACACGAGUAGAUGUUCCUAGGAGAUAUCGAAUGAUGCGACGGACAGCCACCAAAUGAAGAUGACGGGGAGCUUGCAAGAACUGACUAACUUAUUGAACUGCAAAAGAGAUAUCAGGCCUGGUAAUAGUAAGGUAAUUUAAGAUCCCAACUAAUUGUCGGAAUAUAGUUGGAUCAGGAAGAAGAUCGCCUUCCUCCCGGUGAUACUUUACAUUUAAUUCUAAUGGAGUAUCUACAGAGGAGGAAUCCUGAAGUCCUGUCAAAGAAAUCAAAUCUUGGUUAUAUUUGUGUUGAUUUAAAAACACCCCGGAUGAAUCACGAUGAACUUCCAAACCCAAGAAAUAUGUAAGAGUACCAAGAUCUUUCAUAUGAAAAGAAUCCUUAAGUUGCUGUUGCAGGCUAGUGAUUAGUGGAGAAUCAGUUCCUGUAAUAAUAAUGUCAUCUACAUAUACCAAAAGAAGAACACAACCUGUGGAUGUUUUCUGAAGAAACAAAGAUGAGUCAUAUUUGCUCUGCUCAAAAGAGAAUUGUAGCAAAGUAGACCGAAAUUUGUCAAAUCAAGCUCUGGGAGCUUGUUUUAAUCCAUACAAAGACCGCUUCAACUUGCAUACAUUUGAUGUAGGUAAUGAGAACAAACUUGGUGGAGGUUUCAUAUAAAUAUCCUCUUUGAGAUCACCAUGAAGAAAAGCAUUUUUGACAUCCAUUUGAUGAAGAGUCCAGUUUUGUGAAGCAGCAACGGCAAUAAUAGUUCGCACCGUCGUCAUUUUUGCUACCGGUGUAAAAGUCUCUUCAUAGCUCACACCAUACUCCUGCUUGUUACCAAGAACAACCAACCGAGCUUUGUACCGAUCAAGAGUUCCAUCAGAAUGAAGUUUAAUUGAAUAAACUCACUUACAUCCAAUUGGAUGGACAUUUGAAGGACAUGAAACAAUAUCCCAUGUGCCAUUUUCUUUAAGACCCAAAAGUUCUUCCUCCAUUGCCUUCUGCCAACAUUCAUGCUUAGAAGCUUGUGAGUAACAAGUUGGAACAAAAAUAGUGGAUAAAGUAGAUGAAAAGUCAUACCAAUUAGGAGUAUGAGAUACUAUCGUAGAUCGCCGAGUGGGCUCAAGAGGAGCAGGUCUUGAAGAAUUCUCAGAUUCUAGUUGUGGAGCAGUUUCAGGUGGCGGAUCAAUAUCAGGAAGGGGUAAAGUUGGCAUCGACGUUCGUACACAAAUCCAGGUUUGAACCUAUUAGAAGAAGAUGACAAAUCCUCAAAAGUAGGAAGAAGAUGAGAAGCAGGAGAUAACUCAACAUGAGUAGGAAAAAAAACUGAUUCUCAAAGAAAACAACAUUUCUAGAAACUUGAAAUUUAUUAGAACAUGGAUCAUAACAGAAAAAAAACUUUUUGUGAAGUACUAUAACCCAUAAAAACAUAUUUAGUAGACUGAGCAGAAAGUUUAUUACGCUGAGAAAGAGGAAGAUGCACAAAACAAAUACAAUCAAAUGUAUGAAAAUUAUCAUAGCUUGGAUUUUUGUGAUAAAGACGAAAAUAUGGAGAUUCAAGAUUUAAGACAUUAGAUGGUAGUCUAUUAAUUAAGUAAACAGCAAUAGACAAAGCUUCCACCCAUUACUUAGAUGGAACAGAGGACUCAAUCAAUAAAGUACGAGUAACAUCUAAAAGAUGACGAUUUUUAUGUUCAACAAUCUCAUUUUGUUGUGGUGUAUAUGGACAAGAGCGCUGUGAGACAAUUCCUUUUUUAAGCAAAAAAAUUUUAAACUCAUAAGACAUAUAUUCUCCACCAGAAUCAGAUUUUAAUAAUUUGAUGCAAGUAGAAAAUUGAGUCUCAAUAUAGACCAAAAAUGUCUUGAAUACGAAAAAUACCUCAGAUUUGGAACGAAGAAAAUAUACCCACGUAAAUCGACUAUAAUCAUCUAUAAAUGUCACAAAGUACUUGAAAUGAGCAUGAGAAACAAUUGGUGAAAUACCCCAAACAUCACUAUGAAUGACAUCAAAACACUUUGUAGCACGACUACCAAAAUUAGAAAAAUGAAGAAUUUUUCUCUUGCCUAAUUUACAAGUAGAACAAUCAAAGGAAGCAUUAGAAAAUUGAUUUUUGUUCCCCAAUAAACCCGAAUUUGAUAAAUGAGAUAACACAAUAGAAUUUGGAUUUCCUAAGCGCUUAUGCCAUACCUCAGUCUUAGUAGGUGUAGAAGUACAAGCAAAUGAUAGAAC